AUGAAUCAAGUCAUCAAAUUGUAUGAUCUUGCGCCAUCAUCCACUUCAACUCGGUAUUAUUCACCGACGACAUGGAAGACUCGCAUGGGUUUAUUGCAUAAGAAUGUCGAGUUCGAAACGAUUCCUAUUAACUUUCUGGAUUUAAGAGGUGAGCUUGCCACUCGUUCACAUCAGCCUAAUAUUACUGUGCCGGCCCUCGAACUACCCGACGGGCGAUUUAUCUACGACUCAUUUCGUAUUGCCGAGUGGCUAGAAGAGAGCUAUCCCGAUGCUCCGUCUCUUUUUACUGGUGAUGGCGAGCCAUCCCGUGAGGCUCGACCUGAACAUGUAACCACAGGUAAAACCUAUGCACGUCUGAUUGACUUGGGUCUUGGCGCCUCCAAAUCUGAAUGGGCCGUUUGGUACGAUCUGUUCUUUCCUCAACUCGAUCAACAAAUCAUUGGUGAAGAACUUCGAGCCUACUUUACGUCUGACUUACGACUCGGCCCACAAGGAUAUCAAAAAUUGCUUGCACUCGAUAGGCAAGAAAUGAUAAGACGUGCCAAAAUGAAUAUACAGCCUCUCGUCGAAGUCUUACGCGAGCGUCCAAAUCAAUAUUUUCAAGGCACACAUCCAGGUCAAGUGGACUACAUCGUUUUCGGUCGUUACGCUUAUUGUCGUAUGCUUGAUCCAGUACUUACAAAGGAAAUAUGGGAUGAACAGGGAGAAGAACUAAGCAAUUGGAUUCGUAAAUUGUCUCAAGCUUAUGAUGGACACGCUCAGAAACUUUUUAGUAGCUUCUAA